AUGUCAGACAGAGAUAAUAUAUUCAAAACAAUCCCCAGUGUUUUCAAAGUAAAAUUUCCAAGAUUGACCUCUAUAAUUGAUUGUUUCGAAAUAUUCGUCGAAUCUCCAGCAUCACUGUUAGCAAGAGCUCAACUGUACAGUCAGUACAAAAAACAUUGUACUAUCAAGGUGCUCAUAUCAUGUACACCACUUGGUGCAAUUAAUUUUAUUUCAAAAUGUUAUGGUGGGCGUGCAUCAGACGUUCAAAUCACACGAGAAUCCGGCUUCCACUUGAGUAAAUACCAUAUGCCUUCAGAUCAGAUCCUUGCAGACAGAGGUUUUACCUUGAGAGAUGAAUUUGCUGCCGGCAGUUCUUCUGAACUUAUUGUACCAUCUUCACAAAGGGAAAAAAGCAAUUGGCAGCUAAGCUCGAGAAAAAUAGCUUCAGUAAGAAUACAUAUUGAACGUGUUAUCGGUUUGAUGCGAAAUCGUUACCUUAUUUUGAAAGGGACAUUACCACUGAGAAUUAUAAAAAAUAUAAAGGAUGAGGCGCAUUCAUCAACACUGGCUAAUUGUGAUAAAAUUGUGACAGUUUGUGCUGCACUCACUAACUUGGGUGAAAGUAUAGUAUAUAAAUAA